GUGUUUUUUUUUUUUAAGUUGUGCCGCGGUGGCUGAUGGGAUUGCUCCGCCGCUGGUGUGGACAUGUCCGCCAUGUUUUCCACGGCGCAGGGAGCAGAGCAGCCCGGAGAAACGGCUCCUACGUCCCGUUAAACCCGCACACUGAUGAGUCCUACCGCCUGUUACCGGAGCAACAGACACCAAUGAACUCUACUGCGGCGGACACAGUCGCGUCCGGAGCUGAUUUACGUCGGUAUUGGUGCGGGUUUGUGGCGGGAUUCACGGUUCUCUCGGAUUGUCGCUUAUUUGGCGCAAACAAUGAGUAAACUCUCGUUCCGGGCGCGAGCGCUAGACGCCGCCAAACCGCUCCCGGUUUACCGCAACAAAGACCUUCCUGACCUGACCGACUGCGUGUCCAUUAACCGGGCCGUCCCGCAGAUGCCGACCGGGAUGGAGAAAGAAGAAGAGCUGGAGCACCACCUGCAGAGGGCGAUCUCAGCCCAGCAGGUGUUCAGGGAGAAGAAGGAGAACAUGGUGAUCCCCGUACCUGAAGCAGAGAGUAACACCACCUACUACGACCGUCUGUACAAAGGAGAGGUCAAAGUUCCCAAACAGCUGAUCCACAUACAGCCUCUGGGUCUGGACCUGGAACAGCCAGACUACGACAUGGACUCAGAGGACGAGACGCUGCUCAACAGACUGAACAGAAAGAUGGAGAUCAAACCUCUGCAGUUUGAGACCAUGGUGGACCGACUGGAGAAGGCCAGCACACACCAGCUGGUCUCUCUGUCCGAGGCGAAGCUGCUGCUGAACGAGGAUGACUACCUGCUGAAGUCGGUGUAUGAUUACUGGGUGAGGAAGAGGAAGAACUGUCGUGGUCCGUCGCUGAUUCCUCACAUCAAACAGGAGAAAAGAGAUGGAUCCACCAACAACGACGCCUACGUGGCCUUCAGACGGAGAACAGAGAAGAUGCAGACCAGGAAGAACCGUAAGAACGACGAGGCGUCGUACGAGAAGAUGCUGAGACUGAGGAGAGAGUUCAGCCGGACCGUCACCAUCCUGGAGAUGAUCAAGAGGAGAGAAAAGUCCAAGAGAGAGCUGCUGCACCUCACCCUGGAGGUGGUGGAGAGGAGGUAUCAGAUGGGAGACUUCAGUGGAGACACUCUCAGAGAGGUGUCGCUCCCUCUGGUGGAGAAACCAACGUACAGCACUGCAGUUACUCUGAACAACGGCAACAGACACAAAACUGACAUCAGGAUCAAGAUGCAGAAGAAGCAGGUCUCCGUCAGAGACGAGCUUCCCUUCGACCCGAUCAGACCGAAGAAGAAGAACAUCAGACGGGACAGAUUGUAUCCUCCACAGAGACGUCCCGGGCGACCUCCCGGCCCCUUCACCGUCAACAAGGCCGACAUCAAACAGUACGACUUCCACAGCUCCGGAGAAGAGGACAGUCCACCUCCACCGCCGUCUCCUCCGUCUUCACCUGAUGAAGAAAAUACUCCUGAUGGAGUUUUUGUCUUCAGGAGGAAAGCUGGAUGUCAAUAUCUCUCUCCUCGUACGGAGCAGACAGGUAGAAUCGAUCGUCCAGAGCUCCUCCCUCAGUGUCUUCGUCACUCUCUGACCGAACUCACUCUGCCUCCUCACUGGAUGGGACUGAGCCGCCGCAGGAUAGGACGAGGGGGCAGGAUCAUCCUUGACCGAGCCUCCUCAGGUCUGGAUCCAAUAUUGAAGCAGCUGGACUCUUUAACACAUCCAGUCUGCAGGACCAGGACCAGUACCUGCCUCCUCAGUGAUCCAGUAACAACAGAACUGAAACCCCCCCUGACCUCAGGAACCACCGCCCCCUCCCUAACUGAAAUCCUGAAUAACAUCCAGACUCUGAGGAGGUUCUGCUUCAGACCCAGACUGGUCCAGGGCCAGAGGGAGGGGGGCAGAAGGACCACAGGGUCCUCUGUGGAGGACAACAGACUCACCUGUUGUCUGUCGCCUGACGACAACAACUGUGGAUCAGCUGGGGGCAUCACGGAGGAGCAGUACCACAGUCAUCAGCAGCAGCUGGUCCAGAUGCAGAAACAACAGCUGGAACAGCUGCAACAACAGAACAACACUGCUUUGUACAGACAUGCGGCGCUGCACCGAACACAGUCCACCAGGUCCGGUGAGUCCAGUUCGAAGACUCUGGACUCGGCCAGUGCUCAGUUUGCAGCCUCGGCUGUGAUCAGCGCGCCUCCUCCACCUCGUGGUCACAUCAGCAAUGAGAACAAACCCUACAAGACCAGUGUCAACGGAGUCCUCCAUCCUUCAGGUCCCUCCAGGCCUCCGUACUCUUCCUCCUCGUCGCUCAGCAGGCCGGGGCUUUCAGCUCGGGGGUCACUCUCUUCCUCAUCCUCCCCUCAGUCCCUCCCCAACCAGAGGAGCCAGGCUGGAGCCGUGUCUCCCGCCCAUCCCCACACUGCUCGACCCUCAGCCCCCCCAACGUCUGCCUUAAAGCUCGCCACCGUCGCCGCCAGCCUUGACCGAGUGCCCAAAGUCUCCACAGCCAGAGAUUCUCACGAGCCGGAGAGACUUCUGAAUGGACUAUCAGAGACCACGCUGCCCAUGGAGGUCACAUAACAUCUUGUCCCAUCAUCCCCUGCUCCUCCUCCCAUCGUGCCCUGCUCCUCUUCCUCCCAUCGUCCCCUGCUCCUCCUCCCAUCGUGCCCUGCUCCUCUUCCUCCCAUCGUGCCCUGCUCCUCUCCUCCCCCCAUCGUGCCCCUCCUCCUCCCCCCAUCGUGCCCUCCUCCUCCUCCCAUCGUGACCUGCUCCUCCUCCUCAUGUCUGACCGGUGAAUGUGACACGCCGUGACCUCCAGAAGAAGAAGAAGAAGAUGGUGUCCGAAUCAGAACAUUUCACGGAGUGUGGAUGUUAUUAUUAUUAUUGUUGUACAGUUUGUAAAUGUCUUUGAUGUAAAAGUUUGUUUUUCAUCAGUUUAGUUUCUGAAGCAGAUUGUCAUCAUGUGACUGCAGAAUCAACUCUGAUUGGUUCAUAUAAGUCCUGUGUCUUUGCUCUGAUUGGUCCAUGAUGAGUCUGUAUCUUCGCUCUGAUUGGUUAUUUAUUGCUCAUGUUUACAUUUUGUAUUUCUUUAAAAAUCAGAACUUGUCUCGUUUUCCCCUCAGAGAUGGAAAAGUGAUUUCAUUUCUCAGAUUUAUUUUUGUGACGUCUGUUUGUGUGAAUCAGGAUUCAUUUGAUCUUUUUUAAAUGUUAAAGAAUCUCUUCAUGGCCUUCUGAUCAUUUAAAGCCACAUUAAAAUAAAAAUAUGCAUCCUGUAAAAAGAUGUGGAUCUGCAGCUGCAACAGAACGUUUUUUAUAUUUUUAAACUUGUCGGAGGAGAGAAGUCGGACAGACGCUGAUCGGACGUGUGUGAACUGAGCUCUGACGGCUUUCUGUUGCUGUUGGAUUUACGUUGUCCUUCAGUGUGUGUGUGUGUGUGUGUGUGUGUGUCGGCUGGUUCACACACUCUGUUCACUCUGUUUCAGAAAUAAAAAUGCAUCGACACAGA